UUCAGAUCUUCAGGUGGAGUCUCCUGAGAGAGUGACAGAGGGAGAUUCAGUCCGUCUGACAUGUAAAAGCAGCUGCACUCUGACUGACAGAGCAACAUUCAUCUGGUACAGAAACUCACAGCCAUUAACUGAGAGAAGAGACAGAAACAAUGAACUCCUGCUGCAGUCAGUCAGAAGAGAGGAUGCAGGCAGAUAUAGCUGUGCUGUACACGGACACAAUCACAUCUCUCCUGCUGUUCAGCUCAAUGUCAUGUACCCUCCCAGGAAUGUCUCAGUGUCCAUCAUUCAGUCUGGUCAGAUUUGGUCAGGAGAUUCAGUGACUCUGAUCUGCAGCAGUGAUUCAAACCCUCCUGCUCUGAACUUCAGCUGGUUUAAGGAGAAUGAAAGCUCAACUGUUGGAUCUGGACAGAGUUUCAGUGCACUACAGAGUGGACGCUUCUACUGUCAGGCUCACAAUCAACAUGGAUCUCAGAGAUCAGACGCUGUAACUGUCACAGUUCAUCAUGGUGCUGGUAGGAAAGUGAUUGUGAUCGCAGCGACAUCUGGAGGAUUAUUCUUCAUCAUCAUCAUCAUCAUCAUCAUCAUCAUCAUCGUCAUCCUCUUUAUAAUGUGA